AGUUUGGUACUUUAGAAAAAUAAUGCGGUUCGAAAAUAUUAGUGUAAUAUUAUUACUGUAUAAUUAUUUUUUAGUUUACGAUGCAGGUGAAAAACUUUAUUGCAGAUCUAAACCUUCCACUGACCUCCAUGCUGUAGACCAUGAGCGACGAGAACUUCAACUGCACCGAAGAACCAUACGGUAAUUUUACCACCAUCUUCGGAACGACAGACGUCCCGGAAUGGGAAGCCAUUUCUACUAUAGCCACCUUAAGCUUUUUGAUAUUACUAACAGUUAUCGGAAAUGUUCUUGUGAUACUCAGUGUUUUCACCUACAAACCGUUAAGGAUUGUUCAAAAUUUUUUUAUCAUUUCGUUGGCUGUUGCUGAUCUUACCGUAGCUGUUAUUGUUCUUCCCUUCAACGUAGCCUAUGCUGUAACCGGAAGAUGGAUUUUUGGUAUCUACAUCUGCAAAAUGUGGCUUACGUCCGACAUUCUCUGCUGCACUGCCUCAAUCCUAAAUUUGUGCGCCAUCGCCCUCGACCGAUUCUGGGCCAUCACCGACCCAAUAAACUAUGCCCAGAAACGAACUGUUAAACGUGUGUUAGUUAUGAUAGCGAUAGUCUGGACGCUCUCUCUAAUAAUUAGUGUUCCUCCUCUAAUCGGCUGGAACGAUUGGCCGUCACCCGAGAUAUUCGCCGAAGAACAAGUGUGUGUGCUGACCAAGCGCCAAGGCUACGUAAUAUACUCAUCUUCCGGAUCUUUCUUCAUACCUUUACUCAUCAUGACAAUAGUGUACAUUGAAAUAUUUAUAGCGACGAAACGAAGAUUAAGGGAGAGAGCUAAAGCUGCUAAAAUUAACAUAUCGAAGACGGUAGGACGAAACGAAGAGAACAGAGACAGGGAAAGCGUUAGCAGCGAAACAAACCAUAACGAACAUCCAAACGAACAAACUAAAUCAAACGACAAGUUGCUGAAGAAAAAAUCCAAAGACAGUAGCAAGAACAAUCUUAAACCAGUACUCGUGCAUGAAGAUUCAUUGACUGAUAUCGGAGAAAACUCAUCGGCGUCAAAUAGAAAGAACUCAAAUCUUAAUACAGAAAAACCUGUUGCCAACAGCUCUUCGACUACCGUCACAAUAUCCAGCUCCAAGCCCAGUCCUAAAGUGGUACUAAUAGACGGUGCAAAGAAGCCUGGUUUCGUUUCCCAGUUCAUCGAAGAAAAACAGAAAAUAUCUUUGUCCAAAGAACGGCGAGCAGCUAGAACAUUAGGUAUUAUAAUGGGUGUCUUCGUGGUAUGCUGGGUACCAUUUUUCUUAAUGUAUGUGAUUAUACCCUUUUGUCCUGUAUGUUGUCCUUCUAGGAGGUUUGUAAAUUUUAUAACGUGGUUAGGGUACAUAAAUUCUGUUCUAAAUCCUAUUAUUUACACGAUCUUUAAUAUGGACUUUAGAAGAGCGUUUAGAAAAUUACUGGGACUUGGUGGGGGGAAAAUUUAAUGUUAAGAUAAUUUGUGAUUACUGUAGCCAAAGAAGGUAUCGGUUUGUUUUGUUACGUUUGAUGAUAGGUUUUAUCGAGAUGUUUUUGCUAUAAAUUUUAUCUAGUUAUUGACCAAAAGGGAGAUGUAAAUAAUAAACAUAUUUCAUAUAUUAAAUAUAUAUUUUUUUUAUUUAUGACAUAUUUGCUUUAAAAAAAUAGUAUAAAAGAUAGUAUUGUGUUAAAAUCUUUAAACUAAACACUUUAAACUAAAAAACUAAACAGUUGCUUUAGAAUAUACGCAAAAAAAAUAAACUCUUAAAUACAAUAGUUACGUAAGAUACAAUAGAGGAUACAAGUUUAAAUACACUAGAUUAUGGCUUUAAAUGUUACAAUAAAUAAUAUAAACCUCGAUCUAACUUCCAAACAGUAAACAUAUUAGCAAUUGGCGAUAAUUGAUAUUAAUAUUAGCUUCUUAGUUUGGACAAAAUAAGGAAUUUUUUGAUGCAAUUGUAGAAUUUUGUUCAUAUCUAAAAUUUAAACGAAGGUGCAGUGUAAAACUGUUAAUUCUUCUGAACUAAAAACUGUAAGUUUAAUUUUCUUAUUAUAUCUAUAACAAAUCAAGGGUAAAUAACUAUUUUGCCGAUUUGUCGUGAGGCUAAUUACCAGUCCUUUCGGUAAUGAUCCAAUAUAACCAGCAGGGUCGUAUUCAGAUUAUUAAGCCCAAGCAUACGAAUGGAUUCAGCAGCGGGAACUUCCACCAUGGAAAUUUUUGCCAAUCUACUUGCGAACCAACAAUUAAAAUUAUAUUCUAUCGCUCUUAAUCAACCUACAAAUAAAUUUUCAAACAAAAAACAAGCAAUUCUACUUCACUCACUCCCAAACUCUAGUAUUCAAGUUUACCUUAGUGCAAUAACCUCUAAAGUGGAUCUCAGAAAAAUACAUUCUAUUUCUAAAAUUAUAAAUGAUCAUAUUUGUAUCUUCUUUACCAGUAAACAGAUACUCGAUGAGUUUCUAGCAAACGACAAUAGAAUUGUGGUAAUCAAUCAAGAACGUAUGCAAGCCUGAAGACUAAUAACUCCAAAUAAACGAUUGAUUAUUUCCAACGUACGUCCAAGUAUUCCGCACAGCAUUAUAGAAGAACAACUGAAAAACUUAAGUUUACAUCUAAUAGCUCCAAUUGACUUUCUCAGGAUAAGGACUUUAAUUCAAGCAUUCAAGCAUAUCUUGAUUUUCCGACGAUACAUUUUUAUAGCGUCAACUAACUUACACUUACACUUACAAGACAAAUUACCUGAUUCUAUGGUAAUUAACCAUGGGAUUAACCAGGAUAUCAACUAUCAAAUUUUCUUUUCCAUCGAAAAACAGUCUUGCUACUUAUGCAAGCAGCAAGGGUAUUUUGCAUCCCAGUGUCCCAAUAAAAAUAAUCAGACAUCUUUAAACAACACCCAAAAUAUUGUUCAUCUAAACUUUCCCAGGAAGUACACCAAUCAGCUCCCCUUUCAACAAUUUCUUCUACAUAAUCCUCUCCUACUCUACUGAUACUGAAACUACAGUACAACAAUCAGCUCCUUUAUAGAAAAAUUGCUCUACACAAUCCUGGCUUACUAAGGCUGAAACGUCUAGAAAAAUAAUUACCUCUCAAUCAAUAAAGCAUACUUCGAUAAGCUGCCAUCUACCCAAUAAGACUUAAAUGGAUAACUUUGAUCAAGAUAAAUCCUCAUCCCAGCACCCUAAACGAAACCGAUCUGAAAUAAUAUCAGCUCUAAUAAGAGAUAACGAAAAGGCCUUUGCAAAAUCGAAGCCACGAAACAAAAAACCAAAAACUCAACAACAAAACAACAGAAACCUAGUAAAAGAUCUUACCAAAUGCACCAGUCAAUUCUUCAAAGAAAACUCCAACAAUGGGUACUCAACACAGGAAAAACUUAUUGACUUCUCUGAAAAUGCGCAUGGUUCUUCAGAUUCUCUCAGUGUCGGCAGAACUUAGUCGGAGGACAUUUUUCUCCAUGAGCGUCUUGGUCUACCUCAUUUUCUUUUAGUGGGCAAAGCCUAUUUUCUUCAUUUUUUGGCUAUCUUUGUUCAGCCGUUCUCUAGAGGUGUCCAUACCAGUUUAGUCUUUUGACAAGUUUUUAUGUUGGAAUGUUCUAAGUCUUUUUAAUUAUUAUUAAUGUUACAGCUUUUUUGAAAGUUUAAGAAGUCUACAAUAUUUAAAUAAAUAAUCAAAUUAUUGUCAAUACAAUAUUGAGUAUUAUGAAACAUAAGUUUACCUUACUAAACACUAUACUAUCUAGGUAUUAUUUAAAUAUAAUAUUAUUUGAAUAUAUAUAAGUGGUCCUUACUUAUACACCUAUUAAUUACAUCUCUUUUUGGUGAAGAAAUUUUGUUGAACUAUUUUAAAAGUAUGUUAGUAAACUAUUUUUUCGAGGAUUUCAAGGAAUAUUAACAUAAGAAACUUAAAAGCGCUUUUUAAUAUUUGCAUUCUAGUAUUAGUAUUAGAAAAUCAUACCAAAGAAUCUAUUAAUUUGAAAAAAGUAUAAAAUUGUUCCUUAAAAUAAAGCUUUUAACAGUUUU